AUGGCAGCCGCUCAGAAACUACCCUCCAAGUAUGUGAAGCUGGCGAAGGCGCGGCUCGGUGAGGAUCCCAAAAACAUACCGGCACAUGUUGAAGCCCUUCGACGCUGGUUAUCCUCAAUGCCUCAUCUCACUUGCCCAGAUGGGGACAUAACUCUCACUUUCGUGCUGAAAUUUGAGGCAAUGCCUAUGAGACCUCGUCACGUAAUUAUUUACAAUGAAGGCAAACUUUUAGACACCAUGCUAAGUAUCAUGAUGUUUUACAUGAAAGAAAAGAUGAAGAACCGAAUAGUGCGGUGCGGUUCAGAUAUUGAGAAAGUUUUUGAAGCUGAGCCAGACCUGAGAGCUGUGCUGCCACCAGAAGUAGGGAGUGAAGGCAAACCCCUAGAAGAUCUCAUUCAGGCGAACAAGAAGCGCUUCCAUGAAUUUUACGGCAAAGGUGAUCCAACAGGAAAAAUUAGGGUGGAUGAAUCGAAGAGACCGGUCUCGGCGCGCGACUUCCUACAUGACUACAAGGACUACAACGCAAAUGUCAUGGGGAAGAGCGGGACAUACGUCAAAGUGGAUCAGAGUGAAAUAUGA